AUGGAAGUCGAAGCCGAAGCUCAACCUAAAGUGCGCCAUCCCAAACCAGAGAAGCAAGACGCUGAUCUCCCCCUCGCAAUCUCUGCGACAGAACCGGAAACAGCUGCACCUUCGUACAGACCAGGAAACACGAUCCAUGAUAGACGAACUAAGAUUCCUCUUCAUGUACAGUUUAUGAUGGCUUCCGGACCUGUGAAUGGCAGAGAGAUGGCCUAUUAUCCAUGGGAGGAUGGGAAUGCUAAUCAACAGAAAAAAGGAGACCAACAGGUGAAAGAAGAUGGAAGACCGAAGCAGAAAUCGAAGGGCAAUGAAGCGAUAGGCGUUGUGGCGCUAUAA